AUGGCGAUUCCUUACGCUGAACUCCCUCUAAUAGUAAAAGACUGGAUAGUCGCCCACCCAUAUCAAACAGCCUUGCACGUCGUCAACGGUAUGGUUUUCUUGACGCCGGCUGCUGCUACGGUGCCUUUCUUCAAUAUGCUUGGAUUCACGGCUGCAGGCCCUGCUGGAGGUUCAGCAGCCAGCGGCCUGAUGAGCUUCUUCGGAAUCGUGCCAGCGGGAGGAGUGUAUGCGACGGCGCAGAGUGCGGCAAUGGGCGGGUUUGGAGCUAGUGUUGCUGCGGGUGCGGCACAAGUUGGGGCCGUGGCGUCGAGUGCGCUUGGGUAUAUUUGGGGACGACAGGGUUAG